AUGGAUAAGUUUAUUGACUGUGGUGAUGGUAUCGCAGAACGUGGGCAGGUUUCUGUGGUCUUCAGGAAGGUGGCAGACGACUGCGUCGCCAAGGGAGCACUUGGAAACGCCUCACUGGAGUCAUGGGUAGCCUGCCAGGGAGAUGCAGCCAGCACUCUCCGCACUGACUCGCCCAAGCUCUGCCACCCCCACACCAGCAAGGGAGUUGGCCCAGGACGCGAGCGCCUGGAGGAGGCUGUGGGCAGCUGGACGCGGUGCGCAUACCCAGCAGCCCUCCGAGUCCUCCGGACCGCGGAAGAAGCCGUGGUGGCCCGAGGGCUACGCCCGGGGGUACCCACCCUCCAGCCCUCAGCCCACCUCCACGCCCCUUGCUCCAGGACGCCCCAGGGAUCAGCCGCAUCCUCGGCCAGGGCCCGGGAGGAGGUGCUCAGGAAGGCGGGGGGCCGUGCCCCGGGACCCCCCGCUCCUGCUUCUCACCCCACGACUGGGGGCUCCAGCCGGGAGACCCUUCCUCCCCGUCACUUCACUCCAGGAACUGAGGACACAGUGGUCUGGGGAGCUUUCCAUGUAGAGCGAAUCACAGCUCAGCCUGCGAUGGAGCGGUUAAUACUCCAAACGAGCCCUCACAGGGGGCGCCGCCCCACCCCGCGCAGCGCGCCGCUCUCCGCCCGGAAGUCUCGCCCCGACCGGAAGUCGCGCGUUGGCGCGUCCCGGAAAACAUCGGAGUCUAGGAGCACUGUAGCCCUGGUCCCGAGUGGCAGCCGGGGGCACAUGGCUCGCGGGAAAUGCCGAGCCGGGCGCGGGCCGCGCCGCGGGCCUGGGGGCGGCGGGGAGGGGGCCCUGAAGCGGCUAAAGCUAGCAGUGGAGGAGUUCGUGCAGGCGACCUCGGAGGGCGAGACCCCCGGCGGCCGCGAGGGGCCCCGGGCUCAGGGAGGCGUGCGCCCGGGCGGGAGGAAAAGCCGCAGGGAGCUGAGGAAGGAGAAGCGGCACCUGAGGAAGGCGCGCCGGCUCCGGAGGACUGCCGGCCCCUCGCAGGGCCCGGGCCCGGGCCCGGGCGGCGGCGGAGCUGGGGGAGCGAGCGGCCCCCGGGCGGAGGAGACGCAGGAGGACGGCCAGCCGUCCCCACGGCGGGCCUCGCGGCCGUCCGAGGGGCUGCGACCUCCCCCGGUUCCGGCCAAGGCUGGCCAGGCCCAGGCCAGGGGUCCCCUCGGCAGGACCAAGACCCCCGCAGCCGCCGCCGCUGCCCGGAAACGGGCACUUCUGGCGGCCAACGAGGAGGAGGACCGAGAGAUCCGAAAGCUGGAGCGGUGCCUCGGCUUGAACAAGCGCAGAAAGAAGGGCGACGGAAGCUCCGUGCCUCCUAGCUUUGCCCGCGAUGGGCUCGACUACAUCCUGGGAGCCCUGGACUCUGGGAAAAGUAGUGGCUGGUAUGAAAGCAGCAGUGAGGAGGAGGAGGAGGAUGCGGGACAGACACUCCCCGAAAGUGACCCCGAGGACGAACGGGAGGAGCAGGAUGUGGAAGACGAAGGCGAGCGGGAGGCAGAAGCGGGAGCGCAGAGCGAGGAGGAGGACCAGCAGGAUGUAGGCGAGGGACAGCGAGAAGCCGGAGGAGCGGAGGGGAGAGCGAAGGAGGAAGGGAGGAAAAAGAGAGUCCGUUUUGCCGAAGAUGAAGAGAGGAGUGAAAAGCCCUCGGAGGAUGUUGACGCAAACGAUAAGCAGAGUCUUUGUGAAAAUGGUGGAAAGUACAUCCCACCUCACGUGAGGCGAGAAGAGGAGACAGUGGAUGCCCAGAAAAAGGAAGAACUAGAGAGGCUCAAGAAACAGGUCAAAGGUCUGAUUAACAGGCUGAGUGAGCCGAACCUGGCCUCCAUCAGUGGCCAGCUGGAGGAGCUGUACAUGGGCCACAGCAGGAAGGACAUGAAUGACACUCUGACGGGCGCCCUCCUGAGCGCCUGCGCCCCGGACGCGGCCAUGCCCUCCAGGCUGGUGAUGGAGCAUGUCCUCCUGGUCAGCAUUCUUCACUGCACAGUUGGCAUCGAGGUCGGUGCGCACUUUUUGGAGGCUGUGGUGAGGAAGUUUGCUGACGUCUAUAAAAGCGGAUGUGACGGGAAAGAGUGUGACAACCUGUUCGCCAUCAUCGCCCAUUUAUAUAACUUCCACGUGGUGCAGUCUCUCCUCAUCUUUGACAUUUUGAGAAAACUUAUUGGAACUUUCACAGAAAAAGAUAUCGAACUGAUCCUGUUAAUGCUGAGAAACGUGGGGUUUUCCUUGAGAAAAGAUGAUGCUUUGUCGCUUAAGGAACUGAUCACUGAGGCCCAGGCCAAAGCCAGCGGGGCAGGCGGCAAGUUCCGGGACCAGACCAGGGUUCGCUUCAUGCUGGAGACGCUGCUGGCCCUGAAGAACAACGACGUGCGGAAGAUCCCGGGCUACGACCCCGAGCCCCUGGAGAGGCUGCGGAAGCUGCAGAGAGCCCUGCUGCGAGGCGCUGGCUCAGGGACAGAGACUCAGCUCCGCGUCUCCUGGGACAGCGUCCUGAACGCCCAGCGAACCGGGCGCUGGUGGAUCGUGGGGUCCGCGUGGAGUGGCGCCCCGAUGAUCGACAGCGGUCAGCAGAAGACCCCGCAGAAGCAGCUCACGGGGACGGUUAGCUCGAAGAUACUGGAGCUUGCCCAAAAGCAGAGAAUGAACACCGACAUCAGGAGAAACAUAUUUUGUACAGUUAUGACUAGUGAAGACUUUCUGGACGCAUUCGAGAAGCUCCUGAAGCUGGGGCUUAAGGAUCAGCAGGAGAGAGAAAUCGUCCACGUCCUCGUAGACUGCUGUCUUCAAGAGAAAACGUACAACCCUUUCUACGCGUUCCUGGCGGGCAAGUUCUGUGACUACGCGAGGAGCUUUCAGAUGACAUUCCAGUUCAGCAUAUGGGACAAAUUUCGGGACUUAGAAACUCUGCCAGCCACUAACUUCUCUAACUUGGUUCGCCUGGUGGCCCACUUGUUGAAGACAAAGUCACUGCCACUUUCCAUUUUAAAGGUCGUUGAAUUCAGUGAAUUGGACAAACCCAGAGUCCACUUUUUACGAAAAGUGUUACAUAUGCUGCUCGUGGAAACGGAAGUUGAAGACCUUGGUUUAAUUUUUGCAAGGGUGUCUGACAGCCCCGCGCUGGGCCUGCUGCGGGAGGGCCUGAAGCUCUUCAUCAGCCACUUCCUGCUGAAGGGCGGGCAGGCCCACGGGGGCGCCGAGGAGGCCAGCGCGCUUCGGGAGAGAGCCGAGCUCUGCGCCGGGGCCCUGCAGGGGAGGGCGUCCCUGAGGCCGUAGCCGGGGCUGGGGGCCGAGGGGUGCUCAUUCGCCUGUGAUGUGGGGCCGCAGCACAGUCUGUCGUGUUUAAAAUAUUCUAUUUCGGUCCAAGGUUUUACGGUAUUUGUGUUUUGAGCAGUCUUCAAAUACCUAUAUUUAUAUUUCUAGGAGGCGGGGGAGAG